AACCAGACAUGUCAACUGACGACGCAGACAACGUGCAAACUCCUCUUAACGGAGGCAGCGACACUGAUCUCCACACUCCAGCAGCGGACGUAUCCGCGGCCAACGCACCAGCCAACACCGCGGCGCUCGAGGAGUUUAAAAAGAUGUUCGCCACCUACGAAAAAAGGUCGGAAGAACAGGAUAAGCUCGUGAGCACCUUGAGCAAACAGGUUGAAACCUUAACGGCAAGGGCUCGAGCGAUCCGCGCCCGCGGAACCACUAAAGUCCACGGGAAAAGACUUGACUUCGCAAACUCACUCGAUAGGCCUGGGACCGCGCGGGAACGACCUUCGGGUCAAAACCCUAGCGAGAAAUCUCCCGUCGAAAAGAGGAACCUUGAGAGUCCUCCGCCUCCCGCAAAGGAUUCGGAGUCCUCCGCCUCUCGCAAAGGAUUCGAAGGAUAAGGAAGUCGAGUACGUCGACUUGGAUUUCAGCGACGUCUCCAACGAUACCGAGGAGGACGUCGACAGACAUCCAAGAAGGACCGGAAACCGAUCUGCUCGGGAAAGUUCUCUGUUCGACAAACCAAUGACAGAGGAGGAGGAAAUCCUCUAUUGGAACGAGCAAGAAGAGCUGGCUGAAAAGCACACCGAGCUCACUCGCAGUAAACGGCGACAUGCUCAGAAAUGCUGAUGAGACAUCGGAUAUACGCGAUCUUCGCGACUACAUCACCAAAACUACGGCAGAAGUAAGAGCCGUGAAAUCCCAGAUCGACAUGCUGCUGGAAGGGGCUCGGAAGACCCCCUUAACCACUCGCAUCUCUGAUAUGAGGGUAUCUGACCCAGGGAAAAUCAAAGUAGCAAAGUAUGAUAGUACAACCAAACCGAAGGCCCACCUUCAGGUUUUCCACAUCACGAUGGGAAGAGAAAGACUGAAGGACGGCGAAAAAGACGCCGGCUACUGCCGCCUAUUCAUCGAGAAUCUGGAAGGAGCAGCCCUCGAAUGGUUCGCACGCCUGAAACGAAACUCUAUCGGGAGUUUCCAACAGCUCGUACCGGAGUUUCUCAAACAAUAUUCUAUGUUCAUAGAUAGAGAAACCUCCGAUGUCGAUCUCUGGAGCCUAUCCCAGAGGGAGGACAAACCCCUCCGCAAGUUCACCAGCCGAUUUAAGCAGGUAAUGUCCAUGGUCAGCGGGAUAAGCGACAAGGUGGCCAUUGACGCGCUCAGAAAGACUCUCUGGUACAAGUCGAAAUUCAGGAAAUGGAUAACCCUCGACAAACCGCGGAUGAUCCAGGACGCCCUCCAUAAGGCGACAGACUACAUUAUAAUCAAAGAGGAAACAAAAGUCUUGUCGCAAAAAUAUAAGUCGACGAGACCAUCCUCGAAAGACGUGGACCCAAAAACAAAGAAGAAGAACUCUCGUAACGACAAGUACGUCCAUCACGAGGGGGAAGAUCUCCAAGGAGCGCACAAUUACGCGAUCAGGUUGAACCAAGGCCAAACCACUGGUAAUACGUAGACUCGCAAUCAAGGAUAUGAUGAAAACACCUUCUGCGAGUUCCACCAGUCCCGAGGACACUCCACGACUAACUGCAAAGUCUUGGGAGCAAGGCUGGCCGCAAAAAUACUAGCUGGAGAGCUCUCGGAAGUGACCAGCGUGAAAGAUCUCAUCCUCGAAACCGAUCGCCCCCCGAAGAUUGACAGAAAUCCGCCCGCGGAGAAAUCCCCUCAAGGAAACCAAUCUAGGGAUAAACGCGGCAGAAGGCCGGAUGACAAAGGAAACGAUAACAAUCAUCGCAGAGUCAACAUGAUCAUCGGAGGGUCGCAAUACUGCAGCGAUACGGUUUCGGCCAUCAAGGCUUACCAGCGGAAGGCAGAGUCGAGUGCAAACUGGCCUAAAUGGUCUCAUGAUAUACCAUGAUUUUCACCCGCUUUUAUACAUGGUAUAUAAAGGUUUUAAGAUGUAUUAAUCAUGUUUUAGAGUCUUUUCAAAGCAAAUACAGGUUUAUUCACCUGAUGGAAGGAAAUGAUACUUUUGAGACAUUUUGGAAUGCUUUUACGCAAGGAAAAUCGAUCGACGCUUGAAGAGCAACAUCAGUCGAUCUUAAUCACUUAUUAUCGAUCGACAUACAUUCUUGUGCAUUGAUCGAUACGCAGUCACACAGAUGAAAUCGCAAACUAAAAGAUUUCAUUUCCCAGAAGAUCUAUUAUUUACAACUUAAGUCCCUGGCCGCCUGUUAGGCUAUAUGUACUAGGGUUUUGUAUCAUUUCUAGGAGACACUUGCAAAAGACCUAGUUUGGAAAAGGAGCAUUUUGGCUACCAUUAGGAGAGCUUAGGAUUGGAGAGAUAGAUCUAAGACUGCAAAACAGAGAAGAUCUUGAACUCCUUUAUUUCUAU